AUGUCAACACUCAGGCCGUCCCCAGUCUAUCUGUGCUGUCCUGAUCUGAACUCUGAGCUGGCUGUCCACCACGUGAGGAAAGCCAUCCACAAAUCACCUUAUGGAGCGAAAUUCAAAGUGGAGUUUGUGCUCAUCUGCUUGCUGAAGCUGGCGUGGACCAUUAAUAAGAACAGAAAGGGCGAAUUUAGCCGCUAUGGAGGCUCGUCUGGAGGUUACCCGGACAAACUCUGGCCAUCUCACUCCCGGCUGCAGGAGCUGGCGGCCGAGGAGAGAGAGAGGCACCCUCCGAUGGAGGUGAUGCUAGACAACAUCGCGGCCAGAGAGAGAGAGAGAGAGAGAGAGAGAGAGAGCAGAGAGAAGAUAAUUGCCGCAAACAUGGCCAAAAUGUCCAAGAUGAUCGCCGACUGGAAAAAGCUGAAAAAGGAGGCAAAACAGAAGCAACGAGAGGAGGAAAUCAAGCGAGACAAACUGCUGGCCGAGGUGAGAGAGCAAUUCGGUUAUGCACUGGACCCCCCAAGUGCCAAGUUCAAAGAGAUGUUUGGUGAAAUAGAGAAAGAGAAGAAGAAGAGAAAACUCCUGAAAAGCAGGAAGAGAGAGGAAGAGCAGGGAACAGUGGCAGCCGAGUCCAGACAACAAAUACUUUUAUACAGUGCUACUGUAACAUAUUGUAAAAUUGGUUACUUUGUAAGUUUGGAAAGUGAAAAACUGAUUCCUCGUUAA